AUGGAAGGAAGCAAUCAUGCUGUUCCAGCUGACAUAGAAAACCAAUACAUUCCAUUAGAAAGUUCCAUGAGAAAGGAACUGGGUAGCUUAUCUCCUCUAUCCUCUUCAGGUUGUAUUUACAGAGUUCCUGAGCGACUAAGACGUGUAAAUGAAAACGCAUACACACCAAACCUAGUCUCUAUAGGUCCACUCCACCAUGGCGAGAAAGCCUUAGAAGUCAUGGAAGAGCACAAAAAGAGGUACCUACAAGAUUUUCUAUGUUGGACCAAAGUAAGCUUGGAGGAUUACAUAAUGAAAAUAAGGGACCAAGAAGCAAGAUUAAGAAGUUGUUAUCCAGAAACCAUUAAGUUCAGCAGUGAUGAAUUUGUAAGAAUCAUUCUAGUGGAUGCCACGUUCAUCAUUGAGUUCUUGUUGAGGUUCAGCGGUGUCAAGGAGAUACUGGACAAUGAAAAUGACCGCAUAUUUAAAAAACCAAUGAUGUUGCUGGAUCUAUUGCCUGACCUGCUUUUGCUUGAAAAUCAACUGCCAUUCUUCAUUCUUGAGGAUCUUUUUGACCUACAAGAAACUACACUCUCUUCUGAUUUUGAGACUAGGCUUUCAAUAACUGAUCAUUUUCUCCUAUUCUUAAUUUCUUUAUCAAGUCUCGUUGGCGGCGAAGAUCUAGAGGUCAAUAAGAAGAGAAUAAGUUCUUCUCCUUAUAAAGCAGAACAUUUUCUGGAUCUUAUAAGAUUGGUAUGCCAUUGCCAACCACUCAUGAGAUCAGAAGUACAUGGAAAUGCUUUAACCAUACCCAGCAUUACAGACCUAUGCGAUGCGGGAGUGAAGCUUAAGGUGAUAUCAAGUGAAAACAGAUUUGACAUACGAUUCAGUAAUGGGAUUCUGGAAAUUUCAAAAAUGACAAUAUGCGAUGACACAGAGAUUUCAUUUAGAAAUCUUCUUGCCUUUGAACAAUGUUAUUGCAUGCGUAAGUCCUGUUAUGUAAGUGAUUUUAUGAACGUCGUGGGCCGUUUAGUGAAGAGCCCAAAGGACGUGGAUUUGCUUGUUGAACAUAAAAUUUUUGAAAAUAUUCUAGGUGACAGCAGACAGGUGGUUACUCUGUUUAGCAACAUUGGCAUUGGGGUUUAUGCAUCUGAAAACUUCACGUUUCCUGAUCUUGGUGAAGGCCUGAACAAGUACUGCAGUUUGACGUGGCCCAAAAUGAUGACAAAUUUGAGGCAAAAUUAUUUCAACACUCCUUGGGCAGCUAUCUCUGUCAUUGCAGCUGCUGUUCUCCUCAUACUCACCAUAAUACAAACAGUGUGCUCUAUUAUGUCUGUUGCUGAGCAUGGACGCGGGCCAUGA